CCGGCUAAAGUUUUGUGAGUGAAUUUUUCUCGGGCUCAAACCCCUAGCCCCCGACGAACCCAACCUAGGGUUUCCGCUUCCAGCAUGCCCCGCUGCUGACCUACCACCUUCCAUGGCGCUGGCAUCCUUGUCCCUGCCAUGAACACGGACGCACUACUCCGCUUUAAUUGCCGCAAGCGCUGCCUACCGGCUGACGGUCGCCUCGACGACCACUGGCGCGGCCAGCAGCGCAAGCGCCGCGGCGUGCGCGUCCUCGUUCCCGACUGCUUCCUCGUGCCCCCGCCGGAAGCCAAAUCCGCUGAUUUCGACAUGUGGGACUACAUCUGCAGCAUCCCCGACAGGCUGGGAUGGGGCAACGGCCUGAGGCUGCUCAAGGGCUGGGUCCGUGCGUCGAAGGAUGUGCCGCAGGAUCCGUCGGAUCUCACGUGUCUCACCAAGAAUAGCGAUGUGAAGCCAGGGCGCGUGGUGGUCGCGGGGAAUUGGAAAGUAGAUGACCCCGUGAAGGUCGCCUUGAAGGCAGCGGCGCCGCCUCCUCCUCGGCGGGAAAAGGUGAAACCGUAUUGGAAGUAUCUCCACGAGGAGACGAGACAUAAUGACAAGAGCUUGGGCGAGAUCGACGCCCGGGUGGCUCUUCUGGAGAAGACGCUUGAGGAGCAGAGGAGGGUGGCUCUUCUGGAGAAGACGCUUGAAGAGCAGAGGAGGGUGGCUCUUCUGGAGAAGACGCUUGAGGAGCAGAGGACGCUGGCUGAGCCGCCUAAGGAGGAUCUGUCUCAAUUCUUUGUACCUAUAACUGCUGAAGAUGAAAUGGAAGUUCAGGAUUGUUUGUAUGGUAAUGGUUCAAGUAGCAAAGUCCUGGUGCUGCAUGAACCGUCUAACAUUGAGGUUAGCAGGGAAAAAAUUCGGUGUUUGAGACCACAUGGCUGGUUAAAUGAUGAGGUCAUUAAUUUGUACCUUGAAUUGUUAAAGGAGAGGGGAAUGAGAGAACCAAAAAGGUUCUUGAAAUGCCAUUUCUUCAAUACAUUUUUUUAUAAGAAGCUUGCUUGUGGAAAAACUGGAUAUGACUACAAAUCUGUAAAAAGAUGGACUACCUCCAGGAAGUUGGGUUAUGAGCUCAUUGAAUGUGAUAAAAUCUUUGUCCCCGUACAUCAAAAUGUGCAUUGGUGUUUGGCAAUUAUAAACAUGAAGGCGAAGACAGUACAAUAUCUUGAUUCUCUUGGCGGCGAUGAUCUUCGUGUAUACGAAAUGCUGGCUAGAUAUAUUGUGGAUGAAGUGAAGGACAAGAGUAAUAAAGAGAUUGACAUAAGUUCUUGGACCAAAGAAUCUAUUGAUCGUAUUCCUUUACAAGAGAAUGGGUGGGAUUGUGGUAUGUUUAUGCUCAAGUACAUUGAUUUCCACAGCAGAGGAGUCGGCUUAUCUUUUGGUCAGGAACACAUGGAAUACUUUCGGAGGAGAACAGCUAAGGAAAUCUUAAGACUAAGGGCUGACUAAGUCUUCUCUUUGGAAAAUAAAGACAAUUAAGUUCUGCAAAUAUUAAUUAUUGGGCCAUUCUCCAAAACUGUGCCUUCACUCUUGGAUGUUGAUGGCAAAGAUAGAAAAUGUCCAUUCCCCUGAGAAACUGAAGAAUUGUCGAUCGUGACCUAUAACUGCUGGCGUUGAAGGAUGCCGAUGCUAACAAAUUUCUGUAAAGCUCUUCUAUAUAUGGAUUUGAUUGGCAGGAGCAGGAAAAAGGAAAGAAAUCUUGAGUAGGGUUUUGAGAUUUUUUUUUGUAACUUAGAGAAGCCUAGUAUUAAACCAGUGGCGUCUUCUGUUAACUCGCUUUUGUUUCAGAGUUGGAAAAAUUCUUUUUCCUGUUUUGUUAGCUUUGAUGGCAAAAAAAUCUGAAGUUUUGGUCCGAUUUCUGUAUCUAUUCACCGCAGUGACAUUUGAUCGCUCAUGUAGAGUUUUGGUAAUUGUAGUGGCAGCUUAGUUUUCAGACAAAUAAUCCCAAAUAAGGCAUCGUGGCCAAAAUAUCAGUC